AUGGAGGUGUUGCCGGGAGCCAUGAGCAAUCCAGAAAAUGCAAUUGGGAAGACAAACUUAAUAGGCAAAGCUAGAGAAGAAGAAAGAUGUGAUGAAUGUCUACAUUUUUCAUUUUUAUUGAGUUUCUUCCUUCCCGACAAACAAAUCGCAGUAAAGGGCGAAACACACAUAGACGCCAUGGCCGAUGAAGACUACGAGAUGGAUGGAGGAUACGAGGAUGAGCCUAUUGAUCCUGAACCCGAUGAAGGUGUAGAGGUGGAAGAAGAGAACAAUAACAAUGAGGAUGCUCCCGAUGAUGUUGUAGGCGAAGGCGAAGAGAAACAGGAGGAAGAACCUGUUGAACGCCCUCGGAAAACGUCCAAGUAUAUGACCAAAUAUGAGCGUGCGAGGAUUUUGGGUACGCGGGCGUUGCAGAUUAGCAUGAAUGCUCCGGUGAUGGUUGAGUUGGAGGGUGAAACGGAUCCACUUGAGAUUGCUAUGAAAGAGCUGCGAGAGCGAAAGAUACCAUUCACCAUUCGCCGUUAUCUCCCUGAUGGAAGUUACGAAGAUUGGGGAGUUGAUGAAUUGAUAGUGGAAGACUCCUGGAAAAGGGGGGGGGGGGGGGGGGGCUUUGUUUAUAACGCUUGUGUGUUUGUACUCAAAGUUACAGAGAGAAAAGAAACAGAAUCUAGGGUAAAAUCAAGAACCCAUAACUCCAUAAAGGAAGGGAGUGAUAUUCUCUGA